GCAGAGCUUCCAACUUUGUACAAGUGGUUGAUUGCUUGUUUGUCUCUACAGGAAGGCUCUGUUGCUACUACUCUUUAAUCCUUUGACUUAUUGGUGACAGCUGAAAAGCUGUUGUUGUCGGAUCACCCAUGCUUGGCAAGCUCCACACAGACUUGUUGAUCACUGUAGCUCUAAUCUUUUUGGCUCGUUUGGACUGUAUGUGCAGGGCUGAAAAUGAUUUGUCUUUGGUAAAAUUACCAGGGUGGAAGGACACCUCAGAUUAUGUUGGCCGGUGUUUCUACAGCCAACAUGGGAAUCUGACUUGUGACUGGACAAGCAGCCAAGCAGGAGAUGUUACAAUGAAAAUACUGGCAAGCCAUCCACUGACUAUCACUGGCAAGGCUUGCUUGGAGUUCUGGCAUCUGGCUUCAGGAGUUUCUAGUGGUGCUACAUUACGUGCUUUGCUCAAAAGUGGCUUGAGGCAAGUGGAAAUCUGGACUUCUCCUCCGCUCCCCAGAGAUGCAUGGAGACAAGUCUCAGUGCCCCUGAACCUCACCGAACCAGGCACUCAGGUCAUAUUUGAAGCUGUCCAUCCACUGACUGUAGAUCAGACUACAUUAAAACAGAUUGGCAUAAGAAGUGGAUCAUGUAGAAACCAGUGUGACUCAAACACUGACCUGUGGACUGGUGACUCCACACGCUGCCUGUGCUCAGUUGGGCAGCUGUUCUGCUUUCUCUCUCAUUGCCCUAAGGGCCAAAUAUGUGGUCCUCAAAGAGAUGAACCCAGGAAACUUUCCCCUUCGGGCAUGUGCACUAUUCACAGCAACACGGAUUGUCACACCUUUGAUGGUGCAUUGUUCCGCUUCACUUCCCCCUGCACAUAUGUACUGGCCAAAACGUAUUCAGCAUCUGAAGCUCUGCCAAAAUUCGCAGUUGAGGUAGUCAACAUACAAACAGGCAAUGUGUCGCAGCCUACCAUACAGCAAAUCAAUGUAAACCUGGGGAUUAUGAGGAUAUCCUUGCUAAAGAGUCAGACUCACUGGGUUGUGGUGAAUGGCAUCUGGCGAGAGCUUCCACUAAACCUGAACAACAAUACAAUCCAUAUUGAGAGCAACGCUGCUGCCAUAGUAGUGGGAAGCAGUUCUGGAGUAUCUGUUUCCUUUGACAAUACUGGGGCUCUUCAGCUCAGAAUUCCAUUACAAUAUUCUGAUAGGGUUUGUGGCUUGUGUGGCAACUUUAAUCAGCUCCCAGGAGACGACUUGCUCAAGCCUGAUGGCACAAAAGCUGAAAGCGCCACAGCUUUGGCUGAGAGUUGGCAAACUGGGGGAAAUGUCUCCUCCUGUGAAGCCAUUCAAGUACCGCAACAGUGUAACCCACAGGAUGAGGCUCAUUAUAGCAGUGAGAAUUACUGUGGACUCCUUCGUUCUGGCUCUGGGCCCUUUGCAUCCUGUCUGCCAGAUGUAGGUGCAGAGAGCUAUUUCCAUGCUUGUUUACUUGGCUUGUGUUCUGCUCGUGGUGAUCACAAAGUACUAUGUGAAGCAUUGAAAGCCUAUGCAGAUGUCUGCCAAGAGGCUGGAAUUGCCAUACCCACAUGGAGGAACUCUACUUUCUGCUCGCUCGAGUGUGGCGAGAACAGCCAUUAUAAUUCAUGUGCUGAUGGCUGUCCAGAGGUGUGCUCCGGUCUAGAUCAAAUGGGUUUAUGUGGUAGCUGUGAGGAAAGAUGUGAGUGCGACCCUGGGUUCAAGCUCAGUGGGGAUAAGUGUGUCCCAGCAGAGCAUUGUGGGUGCUGGUAUAAUGGAAAACACUAUGAGAGAGGGGGAAUGACUGUGGAAGCAGACUGUGUGCAACAGUGCCGAUGCAUUGGCAAUGAUAUCAUGCAAUGCACUGCAAUGACGUGUGCAAGUGAUGAAGUUUGUAAAGAAAAAUAUGGCAUCAAAGGCUGCUUCCCGUUCAGACCUGCCACUUGUAGUGUGUAUGGCGAUCCACAUUAUGUUACCUUUGACAAACUGGCUUACAGCUUUCAAGGAGGCUGUGCUUACACUCUCACUACAACAUGUGGCAGGCACAGCACAGUUCAGUUCACUGUAAUUGGCUUCAACAUCCACCCUGCUGGACAAAAUUUUACUAGAGCUAAACUUGAAGCUGUGGUUCUUCAGCUUGAUGGACUGGAUCUCACCUUGAAUCAGAGCAGGCCAAGUGUCCGUGGUGUCUCUGUCAGACUUCCUUAUUCAACCAAUGGGUCAUAUGGCUCAGUGUGGAUCUAUGUGAAGAAGGAUUACACCAUUCUGGAGACUACCUUUGGCUUGAAAUUGUGGAUAGAUGGACACAGCAGGUUAUUCUUGCAAGUGGAUGAACGUUACAAAUAUGAACUCUGUGGACUGUGUGGCACCUACUCUGGAUAUCAGGAGGAUGACUUCAUGAUGCCGGGAGGCCAAAUUGCCUCUGAAUCAUUUGAAUUUGGUGACAGCUGGAGAACUCAUACUAAUGAAGAAUGCAUGGCCCAUCCAAAUGAUCCUAGAGAAUGCGACAAUGAUGGGACUGUGGCCAAUGAGGAAUGUUCCAUGGUGUUUCAUGGGGCCUUUGAGGCCUGCCAUGAGUACGUUCACCCAAGCAUCUACUUUAGCAGUUGCCAUGCCAAGUUGAAGGAGUGGAACUCUCUAGCCUGGCAAAUUGGCACAGCAUGUGAUUUCUCAACUGUAGUUCCAACAAAUCCAGGCACUACAUCUCCAAACAUCAAUUCCUGUCCCCUUGACUGCAGCUUUGACACAAGUAUCUGUGGAUGGGAGCAGCUCAUUCAAGACAGUUUUGACUGGACAAGACAUUCUGGAUCUACACCAUCAAAUUUCACAGGACCAAACCAGGACCACACCACAGGAGCUGGUUAUUACAUGUACCUUGAGGGAGAUGAUGUAACCCCUGGAGAUUCUGCUCGACUGUUGAGCCAAUCAUGCCAGCUUGAUGGCCCAAUCUGCUUUCACUUCUGGUACUACAUGCUUGGUUCAGCCACCAGUAUGGUUCUGAAUGUCUAUCAACUCCAAGGUAAUAAGGCUACAAAGGUUUGGGGUAUAAUCGACAACAAAGGAUCUGAGUGGCAGUUGGGAAAAGCUGACCUGAAAAUAUCUGGUCCAUUCAAGUUAAUAAUUGAGGGAAUUCGAGGCUCCACUGCUCAGUCAGACCUGGCUAUAGAUGACAUUGCUAUUACUUCUGGGUCAUGCUUGGAUGCCUUCCCCAGUGUAACUGGAACUGCACUACCUUUCAGAACUACAAGAUCACACCAAAUCUGCAAUUUUGACUGUAGCUUCCAGAACGGCUUAUGCACUUGGCGGCAGAUGAUCACUGACGCAUUCGAUUGGGAAAGGAACAAUGGCUCCACCCCUACUGAGAUGACUGGUCCCUCUAGCGACCACACUGGCGAUGGCCACUACAUCUAUAUUGAGUCUACGAACGUGACAUAUGGUGACACAGCUCGUCUUAUCAGCUCCCAGUGUGCAAACACUGGUCCUCAGUGUCUGCAGUUCUGGUACCAUAUGUAUGGAUCAGCAGACAGAAUGGGCCUCAAUAUUUACCUUUUUGAGAACAACGUAGCUAAGGCAGUCUGGAAGGAGACGAACAACCAUGGCAAUAUGUGGCACUUGGCCCAGGUUGAUCUAAACACAACUGCAGUGUUUCAGAUUAUCUUUGAGGGACAGAGGGGUUCCAAUGAUCAAUCAGAUGUGGCCAUAGAUGAUAUUACACUGCACCAAGGAAGAUGUUCAGAUCUGAGUGGCAUAAGUACAGUUCUUCCUGCUAAAUCUGAAUUUAAAACGACAUCCAGCCCAAGUGUCAAUUCACCCACCAUGAUGAUUCAGAACCCAAUAGGAAAUGUUACAGCGCCCCCCCGUGUCACUUCUCUUGGCACAACAGCUCUGGAGGCCCCCAUGCUGAAUGGCACAGCCAAGGUACCAACACUGAAUGUUGUGCCUAGUACAAUUAAACUAAUUACCAUCAAUAUGGAAAAUACAACUAAAACUCCUGAUCAAGCCAAACACCCAGUAUGCCAUCUUGACUGUGACUUUGAAAAAGAUUUUUGCCAAUGGAGUCAGAUGCUCCCUGAUGUGUUUGACUGGGAAAGGCGUAAUGGUUCUACCCCUACACUGAUCACUGGUCCCCUCUCAGAUCACACCACAGGAGAUGGCCACUAUCUCCACAUUGACGCGAGCAUGGCAUCACUAGGGAACACUGCUCGUCUUAUUGGCACAGAGUGUUCAGACACUGGCCCACAAUGUCUAAUAUUCUGGUAUCAUAUGUCUGGCUCUGACACAAUGGGUCUUCAUGUAUACCUGCUUCAAGACAAACAGGCUACUAUCUUAUGGAGAAGAAGAAAUGACCAAGGAAAUGUGUGGCAUCUUGCUCAGGUGGACCUGGUGGGAAAUGGGACAUUUCAGAUCAUUUUUGAGGGCCGAAAUGGCACCACUGAAUCUGGUGUAGCUUUGGAUGACAUAAAACUUCAUCGUGGAGGCUGCCAAGAUUUGGUCAACCCAGCAACUGUGGCACCAGAAACCUGGAUUACAACAAAUGCCCCUGAGGUUCCAGCACCCUCCAAUGAGACUGGAUUUCAUACUCCAACUACACAAAGCAAUGCUACUGCUAGACCACAGGUUCCAGCUACAACCAGCUCAGCACCCUCCAAUGAGACAAGGCCACAACCUUCACCCACAGGUGGGCCUCAUCCCCCAACUGCACAAGGCAAUGCUACUGCUGGGCCCCAUGUUCCAGCUACAACCAAUGCAGCACCCACCAAUGAGACUGGGCCACAUCCCCCAACUGCACAAGGCAAUGCUACUGCUGGGCCCCAUGUUCCAGCUACAACCAAUGCAGCACCCACCAAUGAGACUGGGCCACAUCCCCCAACUGCACAAGGCAAUGCUACUGCUGGGCCCCAGGUUCCAGCUCCAACCAACCAAGCACCCUCCAAUGAGACUGAACCCCAGCCUUUACCCACAGGUGGGCCACAUCCUACAACUGCACAAGGCAAUGCCACUGUUUGGCCUAAAUUUCCAGCUCCAACCAACCCAGCACCUUCCCCAGAGACUGGUUUACAGCCUCCAAAUUCAACUACAUCACAAACACCUAAAAUUCCACCCACAAGUGAACCACAAGUACCAACAUUGAGGCCGAACCUUUCCAUUAAUCCUACAAUGAGACCCCAACAAACUGUUCCACAACCAGAAAUGCCACAUGUUUCAACACCCACUUGUGCAGAAAACAGUCACUACACCACUUGCAUUCCUGCAUGCAGCCCUACAUGCGAAAACCUGACUGGUCCACCACACUGCAGUUCAGAGAUUCCUUGUGCAUCAGGAUGUGUAUGUGAUGAUGGCUUUGUACAAAAAGGGAGUGUUUGUGUGCCUGUACAGAAAUGUGGAUGUAUUGACAGGAAUGGUGAAACUCACCAGUUCAAUGAAGUAUGGUACACCAGUCACUGCAGGCAGAAAUGUGAGUGUGAAGAAGAUGCCGGUGAGGGAAAGACUGACUGCAAAGACAAAGAUGGGUGUGAAGAUGAUGCUGUGUGCCUUCAACUUGAAACGGGCAAAUAUUAUUGCAAGUCUACAGACUUUGGUGAAUGCAUCAUCCAGGGAGACCCACAGUACAAAACAUUUGAUAAACUGAAACAUAAUUUUAGUGGGACCAACUUGUAUGUGCUGGUGAGAACCAAAAAUCUGCCAAAGAAUCUCCCAGAAAUCUAUAUAGAGAGCACAAAUGCAUGCACUGACAGCAGUGAGGAAACGGAGAGAAGUGAAAUCAGUGGAGAUGAUGAUGAUGAUGAUGAUGUUGAUGAGGAGCACAAACGAAUAUUGCAGGAGCUUAAAGUUAAAGUCUACAAUCACACCGUAGAGCUUAAGCACAAGAGGAAAGUGAUUGUGGAUGGACAAAAAAUUAAAUCUUCCGGUUCAGCAGCUCCUGGCCUUGAAAUCCAAAUGCAUUCUUCUCGUAUCUACCUAAAGACAGAUUUUGGUCUGUCUGUGGAGUUCAAUGGACACUGUAAAACUGAUAUCAUUCUGCCGUUCCUUUAUAAAAGGAGAGUGGAAGGCUUGUGUGGAAACUUUGAUGGCCGAAAGACGAAUGACAAAGUGAAACCAGAUGGAACUAUUGCCAAGAAUACACAAGAGUUUGGCGAAAGCUGGAGAGUGUAUAUCUAAGACUACAUUUUCAUGUUUCAUCUCUAACAUUGUAAAAACAUCCUUGGAGGUAGUGUGGUACUGGGCCUUUAAAUUUUCAAACUGGCUUUGCUAUGAGUGUUCCAGUUUUCUUUGAAUCAAUAUUUAUCUGCAACUUGAUCUCGUGGUCAUUUGUAAAAGUUUGCGGUUUGUGCUAUUAAAAUACUGUUAUUUGAAUUAGGUCAUCGAGUAUAAAUGCAAGAAACAUGAAUAUGUCAAUACAACUAAAUGUACAGUAAUGUAUAUUUCAGAUGCAGUAUGCUUAUUUCUGACACUUCAGUUUAAUAAACUCAGGAUGAAACGAU